UCAAGACUUGAGAGACUCGACCCGUUGACGUUCGCGGACUUCCAAUGGAUGCCCCUUCCCCCGACCGGUCGAUUGUCGAAACCAUAUUGCAACGUGCUUAAGGCACAACUGCGGGAUUACUUGUACACUGCAGUACAAGCUCCGUUGAUGGACGCCGGAGUAGAGGUUGUUGACCUUCAGGACUACGUUGCGAAGAUCGACCACGAGUUCAAGACACAACGGUACGACGACAUCAACGCGCCACUGUUGUACAUUCGCAUUCGGAUCGGAGAGGCGACCUGCAUCGCUUUGAUCGAUUGCGGAGCUACUCGCAACUAUAGCAGCCAAGACUUUAUGGUACGCGCUGCCCUUGGGCCACACAUUCGGAGGAAGACGCAGCCCACGCAAGUCACGUUGGCCGACGGUCACAUGCACAAGUCAAUCGACUGGUGCAUUGAUUUUGUCCCCGUGUACUUCGCCCCACAUGCAAGCGAGGUCGUGUCCUUCGACAUUUUGGACACCCAGUUCGACACGAUUUUGGGCAUGUCAUGGCUGCGAAGUGAGGAUCACCCGGUGAACUUCUACCGCCGCACUGUUCACAUUCGUGAUCGGAACGGAGUACUAGUCCCAUGCACGGUGCCUCCACCUCACUGUUCGAUCAGCUGCCACGUGGUGUCCGCCAUAAGCAUUCGAGCUUCCAUCACAAGGGACAACAUCGAGGAGAUGGGGGUGUGUUUUCUCCACGCCCUCCCUCCCCAGGACAUCCCAUCGAUAGACGCAUUGAGGGACCCACGCAUCACUGAGCUUCUCGACGCCUACGGCGACGUGUUCCAAGCCCCGCACGGAGUAGUACGGGAUCGGCCCAUCCGCCACGAGAUCAUCCUCGAGGUCGGGGCUGUACCUCCGCGUGGUUGCAUCUACUGCAUGAGCGAGAAAGAGUUGAGUGUGCUACAGGCACAACUCGGCGACCUUCUUGAGAAAGGUUGGAUUCGACCUAGCUCUUCGCCAUACGGUGCUCCCGUUCUCUUCGUCCGGAAGAAGAACAAGGACUUGCGGUUGUGCAUCGAUUAUCGCAAGCUCAACCCGCAAACCGUCAAGAACGCUGGCCCUCUUCCGCGCAUCGACAACCUUCUCGAUCGAUUGGGCAACGCUAAGUUCUUCUCCAAGCUGGACCUCAAAUCGGGAUAUCACCAACUCGAGAUCCGGUCGGAGGAUCGCUACAAGACCGCAUUUAAGACGUACUCAAGGAUUGCCGCACCAUUGACGAGAUUACAAUCGCCAAAGGUGCCAUUCAUAUUCGAUGACGAUGCGCGCCGCUCAUUCCAAGCACUCAAGACGGCCAUGCUCAUGGCACCCGUCCUUAGCAUCUACGACCCCACCUUGCCAACGAGCGCGACCAUUGGCGCUUCCAGCUAUGGCAUUGGGCCAGUCAUGGAACAACACGACGGCGAUGACAGGCACCCGAUGGAGUAUUUCAGCCACAAAGUGCCUCCCAUCAAUUCACUUGAUGAUGCAAGGAAGGAGUUGCUAGCGUUCCCACGCGUACCGGAAGACAUCGUUAGCGACCGUGACACUCGUCUCAUGUCGGCGUUCUGGACUUCUCUCAUGCAGGAAUCCGACACCAAGAUGAAACCAAGUUUGGCUCGGCAUCCACAAACGAACGGGCAAACGGAGAGAGCACAUCGGACUGCUCAGAUGAUGCUUCGUACGCUCAUCCGUCCGGAUCAGAAGGAUUGGGUUGACCGCCUUCCCGACAUCGAGUUCGCCUACAACACUUCUUUGCACCCGGCGAUCAGCGUAACUCCAUUCGAGUUGCACCACGAUGGCCGGAAAGGUCGUAUCUUCGCUGAUCUUCUCCUUCCACGAACUGACGACAUAGACGCCGCUUGCUCUCCCACCUCCAUCCGGAAGUAUGGGAAAUUGCUUGCUCAAGCCUGCGAGAACAUGCAAAAGGCUCAAGUCCUCAUGCAGCAGCAAGCCAACAGGCGUCGUGCGCCAUGUCCCAUCUGCGUCGGUGAUCUGGUUUGGGUCUCCGCGGAAGAGUUUGCGCUCGAACAGGAUGUUUCCCGCAAACUACUCCCCAAGUGGUUUGGACCAUGGACUGUCCUUUCAGCCGCAGGCGACGAGCCCGACGGCCCAUCCGUUGUGAUCGACAUCCCUCCGCAUUUGCCGGUCCAUCUAGUCUUUCACGCCUCGAAGCUGGUGACAUACACACCAGCUAAGAGCGACGACUUCCCGGGCCGACGAUCGCAAGACCCUCCGUCUAUGGAUGGUCAUCAGGAAGUCGACCGCGUCGUCACGGAUCGCAAGUACGGCAACAAGCCUCGACAGUACAAAGUUACCUUCAAAGCAUACGAUCCUAACGACACUCGAUGGAUUUCAGGAGCAGAUUUGCAAGCAUCCGCACCGCUGAUCUACGCUCACUACGAAUGACAAGGUUAGCUAAGGAAGCUUCAUGAC